GCUGCUGUCGAAAAAGAAACUGUGCCCUGUCAAUCUUCGAGGCAAAUGGCGGAGUGUACCGGAACUUUCACCUGGCACGAAAACCUUAUUUGCGCCAGAUUCGUCCUUAGCUUAUAGAAUACCCUGCCGUGGCAGCCACCUGCAUAAAGAAGUCGCCGUGGCAGAAAAAUCGGAGAACGCCAGGUACAGAAAGUGGGGAACGGAGUUGCUCCGCGCUUAGCUGGACUCGACUCGAACGUUUCGUUAGGAGUUAGCGCGGCUGGGAAGUCGGAGAACGCAGGGAAAAGAAAGUGGGAACGGAGUUGCUCCGCGCUUGGCUAGUAACAUCUCAAGGGUUUCGUUGCUCCUAGUUGGGAAAGCUUUAGGCGGUGGCUGGCGAUCAUGGAGUACUCCGUGGCGUGUGCUGUACUAUGUUGCGUGUACGGCACGGAGCAAGGCUAAUACCCAUCUGAGCCUUACUUCCUGGCCGACGUUGUCGGCAUCCAAGCCAAUCCGACCAAGCUUUCACGGGGCCUAAUCUUCUCAGAUGUGAGGAUUUUGAUUUCUGCACAGCCUCCAUGUUGGCUCUUAUAUACCAACAGCCUGAGGGCUUAUGCCUUCCUGAUCAUUCUGCUUCGCAUCAUCAUCCCUUACUUGCUUAUCUCAGGAAGACAAGAUGCUAUCAGUACCAAAAUUACAGGUGCGCAAUCAAGAGGGUAGUGCAGACACAGACGAGAUAUCCCUCACAACAACACGGCAUUCUCGGUCUGCAUCAGCCGUAUCCGGCUCAUCCUUCCUCAGCCUUCCCGCAACGCCUAGCGGAGUUAGCAAUGCCUCAACAUUAGCAUUUGAAAACAUCGAAAAUGCAUUACAACCUGACCUAGGCACUGAGCAAGACUUUAAAGUCGACGACAACUGCUUCGCAUACAGUCCAGGACAGUUGAAUAAACUAUUGAAUCCAAAAUCCCUCCCGGCCUUUGUUGCCCUCGGCGGCCUUUCCGGCCUAGCGCAGGGUUUAAGAACGGAUAUAUACGCCGGAUUAAGUGCCGAUGAGACUUGCCUCGAAGGAAAGGUUUCUUUCGAAGAGGCUGUGGGCUAUCGAUCAAAGGUUCGCGAUUACGGGGAUUCGUCAUCAUCACAAGCAGUUGCUGUUCGCGGAAGUUCUUCGGAUCCGUUUUACGACCGCGUCAGAGUUUACGGCCAGAACAAGAUUCCAGGGAAGAAGGCUACUCCAUUAUGGAAACUCAUGUGGAUCGCAUACAACGACGCGGUACUACUGCUGCUGACUGCGGCUGCAGUUAUCAGUUUGGCACUUGGGUUAUACGAAACGUUUGGUGCGAAGCACGAACCUGGAGCCCCUGCACCUGUCGACUGGGUUGAGGGUGUGGCAAUCUGCGUUGCGAUUGUUAUCGUUGUGAUGGUUGGAAGUCUGAAUGAUUGGCAGAAGGAGCGCGCGUUCGUUAAGUUGAAUGCGAAGAAAGAUGAUAGGGAGGUGAAGGUCGUUCGCUCUGGGAGAUCAUUCAUGGCCAACGUUCACGAUAUCUUGGCAGGAGACGUUCUCCACCUCGAACCUGGAGAUAUGAUUCCCGUGGACGGCAUCUUCAUUAGUGGCCACAAUGUCAAGUGCGACGAAUCAUCUGCUACAGGAGAAUCGGAUCAGAUCAAGAAGACAGGGGGCGAGCAAGUCAUGAGGCUAUUGGAAAAUGGCCACACGGACAUGAAAAAUUUGGAUCCAUUUAUUAUCUCCGGAGCCAAGGUUCUAGAAGGUGUCGGCACUUAUCUCGUUACUUCAGUCGGGCCCAACUCCAGUUUUGGCAAGAUUAUGAUCUCUAUGAGAACUGAUCCCGAGACCACCCCUCUUCAAGUCAAGCUCAACGGCCUCGCCACUGCCAUUGCUAAACUUGGCUCUGCCGCCGCCGCUCUCUUGUUCUUCGUUCUCCUGUUCCGAUUCUGUGCCGGCCUACCAGAGGACAGUCGCCCAGCUCCCGAGAAAGCUUCAACUUUCAUGGAUAUUCUCAUUGUCGCCAUCACGGUUAUUGUUGUGGCAGUUCCAGAAGGUCUUCCUCUUGCCGUCACUCUCGCUCUAGCAUUCGCAACUACUCGUCUUCUGAAGGAGAACAACUUGGUCAGAAUUUUGAAGUCUUGUGAGGUCAUGGGAAAUGCCACUACAAUUUGCUCCGACAAGACUGGUACUCUCACAACCAACAGAAUGACAGUCGUUGCUGGCCUUUUCGGUAAAAACGAAAGCUUCGAGAACAAUGAAUGCGCACAAUUUGUUCAAGUAGUUUCUAAGGAUAUGAAGGGAUUCCUCAUAAAAUCCAUCGCGAUUAACUCCACUGCUUUCGAAAGUCAAGGUGACAGUGAUGAAGGAUUCAUUGGCUCAAAAACAGAAGUCGCCCUCCUCGAAUUUGCCAAGGUUCAUCUCGGAAUGGACUCAUUGUCCAAUGAACGCGCCAACGCCGAAGUGGUUCAAUUUUUUCCAUUUGAUUCCUCCAAGAAGUGUAUGGGUGCGGUCAUUAAGAUUCCAAAGCAAGGUUAUCGAAUGUUUGUCAAGGGUGCUUCUGAGAUCCUUCUCAAAGAAUGUGCUUCUAUUACCGAUGUCAAAACUGGAGAAUUAUUGAAUAUCACAUCUAAGAUGCGAGAAGAGAUUGAAUCCACAAUUUCGUCUUAUGCAAAGAAGUCUCUCCGCACAAUUGGUCUAUGCUACAGAGAUUUCCCAUCCUGGCCUCCAGCUGGCACUAAAACACCAGCCGAUCCUCACUCCGCUGAAUUUAAACCCGUUCUCAAGGAUAUGAUCCUCAAUGGUGUCGUCGGUAUCAUGGAUCCAGUCCGUGAUGGUGUCCCAGACGCCGUCGCCAAGUGCCAACUCGCUGGUGUCAAAGUCCGUAUGGUAACAGGUGAUAAUAUUGAAACCGCACGUGCCAUCGCCGUCGACUGUGGUAUUCUCCGGAAUGAGGACGAGAUCAUCAUGGAAGGCCCUGAUUUCCGCAAACUCAACGACGAUGAACUACUCAAUAUUUUACCACGUCUUGCUGUCCUUGCCCGUUCAUCUCCCACGGAUAAACAGGUCCUUGUUCAGAAGCUUAAGGCUUUAGGCGAUACUGUGGCCGUUACUGGUGAUGGAACUAAUGAUGGUCCUGCACUUAAGGCUGCCGAUGUUGGCUUUUCCAUGGGUAUUUCUGGCACUGAAGUUGCUAAGGAGGCCUCUUCUAUCGUUCUUAUGGAUGACAACUUUGCCUCUAUCGUCAAGGCCCUGAUGUGGGGCCGCGCUGUCAACGACGCCGUCAGCAAGUUCCUCCAGUUCCAAAUCACCGUAAACAUUACUGCGGUACUUCUGACUUUUGUCUCUGCUGUCUCCAGUCCAGACAUGACUUCCGUCUUAACGGCCGUUCAGCUCCUAUGGGUCAACUUGAUCAUGGAUACAUUCGCCGCCCUCGCCCUCGCCACUGACCCACCCACCCUGGAUAUCCUCGACCGCAAGCCUGCCGGAAAGAAGGCACCUUUGAUUACCAUCAAUAUGUGGAAAAUGAUCAUUGGCCAAGCCAUCUUCCAACUGACAGUCACAUUCAUCCUCUACUUUGCCGGCGAGAAAAUCCUCGGGUACGACACUACUGAUCCACAGAAGAAGCUGGAACUUUCCACAAUGGUGUUUAAUACCUUUGUCUGGAUGCAAAUCUUUAACGAAUUUAACAACAGACGUCUGGACAACAAACUUAACAUCUUCGCCGGUAUCCAGCGCAACUACUUCUUCAUCGGCAUCAACUGCAUCAUGGUCGGGGCCCAAAUUGCAAUCGUUUUUGUCGGCGGACAGGCCUUCAACAUCACGCCUAUUGAUGGUAUCCAAUGGGCUAUUUGCAUCGUUCUUGCCGCGCUCAGUUUGCCGAUGGCGGUGCUAAUCAGGUUCUUCCCGGACCCGUGGUUUGCGACGUUUGCGAAGGUUAUCUGCGGCCCAUUCGCCGUUGCAUACAGAGCUUGUCGUCGUGUUUGGGGGGGAUUGAAGGCCAAGCUGCCAAGGAGAACUAAGAACCGUGAGAUGGAGACGGGUGACCAGCAGGGAGAAGAGAGAGAAGAAAGCGGUAAUGACGUCGAGACUGUUCCUGAGAUUGUUGUUGCUAGGGAGAAGGACUUGGAGAUGGGUGCUAAUAGAGUCUAAUGGGUUUUCUUGUGAUUACUCGGUUUUUUUUGUUAUUGUUAUAGAACUAGAAAAAAAAGAAUGGGGGAUAAUAGAGGCAUGGCGUUUUACAAGUAUUAUAGCAUUAUAGUACAGGUCCAGUUGAUGUUUCUUUUAGGUCUCCUUUUAGCUAGACUUUCCUACUAAGUUUCAAUUUAUUCCCU